AUGGCAUUUUUUGGAAAAUACAAGGGGAUUAGGUGUACACAAAAGGUUACAUCAUUUAACCAAACCAACUUUGAAAUUAUUGUUGAGAAAGACCAAAUCAGAAUACCAAUUCGAGUAUGUGAAUCUGGAAAGCAUUUUAAAGAUAUUGCACAAACUGAACAUUUUUUUGGUAUUUUAAGAGAAGCAUUUUUUAGAGUUGGAAUUAACUCUCUUUCCAAUAUAGACAUGAACUCACCAAAUAUAUGUAGUGGAUCGCUAAAAAGGGGUGGGUGUGCUAAUUACGUUGGUCAGCAUUUAUAUAUAUACUCUGAAUAUUUUAAUUCAACUUAUUAUUAUUGUGGACCUUCAUGUCUAAUUAAUCAUUUAGGUAAUGUAUCAACAACUAAAUGGAGAAAUGAUCACAAAAAUAUUCAAAGGAAUAAUGAAAAUGGUGAAGGUGAAGAGAAUAAUCCUAACGAAGGUGAUGGUACAGACCAACAUGAAGGUAAUGGUGCAGAUGAGAAUGAAGAUGGUACAGACCAACAUGAAGAUAAUGGUACAGGUGGAGAGAGAGGUAGAAAUGGUGUUACUAGAGGUGGUGGUGUUACUAGAGGGAGAGGAAGAGGCAGAGGAAGAGGUGGUUCUACCAUUAGAAUGAGAGGAACAAAUAAUGUUGGCACUUCUGUACCAAUAGUUCAUUUUAUCGAAAACUAUUGCGAUUAUAGCGAAAGCUUGCAUAAAAAAAUUGUUGGUUUAAGUAAUGAGGAUUUACAUUCUUUGUGGGAAAAACUCCAAAAAUUAUUUAUCUAUGGAUUCUAA